AGGGGAAGUGGGAGGGGGAAGGGGAAGGGGGAAAUAAGUCUACUAUUAACCCGGGUGGAAGGUGGUGUUUGACAGGUCGCUGCGGCAAGUGUGUGGCACUGUGCUGUGUGUGUGGCACUGUGUUGUGUGUAGUGCCUGCCCGUGAUCACUGCUUAACUACCCACUACAACCAUCCUGGCGUGUUUGUAACCACAUCAACCAUGCCAGCAGUGCGAGGAGAUGGGAUGCGAGGCCUUGCGGUCUUCAUUUCAGAUAUAAGAAAUUGUAAAAGCAAGGAGGCAGAAGUAAAACGCAUCAACAAAGAGCUUGCAAACAUUCGAUCCAAGUUCAAAGGUGAUAAAACACUGGAUGGUUACCAGAAGAAAAAGUAUGUAUGUAAGCUGCUGUUCAUCUUCCUCCUUGGCCAUGACAUUGACUUUGGUCACAUGGAAGCAGUUAAUCUUCUGUCUUCCAACAAAUACACAGAGAAACAGAUUGGUUAUUUAUUCAUCUCGGUGCUGGUGAACACAAACAGUGAUCUCAUAAAGCUGAUUGUCCAAAGCAUAAAAAAUGACCUUGGCUCUCGAAAUCCAGUACACGUUAAUCUGGCACUUCAGUGCAUUGCAAACAUUGGCUCGAAGGAGAUGGCGGAUGCGUUUGGUUCAGACAUUCCAAAGUUACUGGUAUCUGGUGAGACAAUGGAUGUUGUGAAACAGUCUGCUGCACUCUGCCUUUUACGUUUGUUUCGAACAACUCAAGAAAUUAUUCCUGGUGGAGAAUGGACGUCUCGUAUCAUCCACCUGCUCAAUGACCAACACAUGGGUGUUGUGACUGCAGCAUGCUCUCUUAUUGAGGCCCUAGUUAAGAAAAAUCCUGAUGAAUAUAAGGGUUGUGUCUCUCUUGCCGUUUCUAGGCUCUCCAGAAUAGUAACAGCAAGUUACACAGAUCUACAAGACUAUACGUACUACUUUGUUCCUGCUCCUUGGCUAUCGGUGAAGCUGCUGCGGCUUCUCCAACACUAUCCACCACCAGAUGACCCUGGUGUUCGUGGCAGAUUAAAUGAAUGCCUAGACACCAUUCUCAAUAAAGCUCAGGAGCCACCAAAGUCUAAAAAAGUUCAACACUCCAAUGCAAAGAAUGCUGUCCUUUUUGAAGCUAUUAGUAUAAUUAUUCACUCCGACAGUGAGCCCAACUUACUGGUGCGGGCUUGUAAUCAGUUGGGUCAGUUCCUUUCUCAUCGUGAGACUAAUCUUCGGUACCUUGCCCUGGAGACCAUGUGUCUUCUGGCCACCUCUGAGUUCUCCCAUGAAGCUGUCAAGAAACACCAAGAAACUGUUAUCAAUGCUCUCAAGACAGAGCGAGAUGUAAGUGUACGUCAAAGAGCUGUGGAUCUACUAUAUGCAAUGUGUGACAGAAGUAAUGCAGAAGAGAUUGUGCAAGAAAUGCUUAAUUAUCUGGAAACUGCUGAUUAUUCCAUACGUGAAGAGAUGGUGCUAAAAGUGGCCAUUCUGGCAGAGAAAUAUGCCCAGGACUACACGUGGUAUGUGGAUGUCAUUCUUAACCUCAUACGUAUUGCUGGUGACUAUGUGUCAGAGGAAGUGUGGUACCGGGUCAUACAAAUAGUUGUUAAUAGAGAGGAUGUCCAAGGUUAUGCUGCAAAGACUGUUUUUGAGGCACUGCAAGCCCCUGCCUGCCAUGAAAACAUGGUCAAAGUUGGGGGAUACAUCUUGGGUGAAUUUGGCAAUUUAAUUGCUGGUGAUACCAGAUCUGCUCCGGCUGUUCAGUUCCAGCUUCUACACUCUAAGUACCACCUGUGUUCUGCAGCCACACGUGCUCUGCUGCUCACUACAUACAUAAAGUUCAUCAACCUUUUCCCAGAGAUCAAGUCACAAAUUCAGGAUGUCCUUAAGUCUAAUUCUAACCUGAGGUCAUCUGAUGCAGAGUUGCAGCAGAGAGCGUCUGAAUACCUCCAUCUUUCUGUGACCACCACUACGGAUGUUUUGGCCACAGUGUUAGAAGAGAUGCCACCAUUUACUGAAAAAGAGUCAUCCAUCUUGGCAGUACUGAAAAAGAAAAGUGGUCGGAUGUCCGCACAAGAAGCUCAGAGAGAAGCUCGGGUACAGGCGCGGGAAGGUAAUGCAGCGCCGGCAACAGAAAAAGCCCAAAAUGCCCAGCUCAAGACGAAACCAUCUUCCAAUGCAGCCUUUCCAAUUCCUCAGCUGAACAAUUCUACAUCUGCGGAUCUGUUGGGUCUCUCGACGCCUCCAGCCACUCAAAACAGUAUUCAGAGCAACACAGGUUAGUGAAGUAUCACUUAUCAAAUUUAGUUCUCUAGUACAAUUUUUAUUUGUACAGUAUUUUUUAAGCUAAUUGUUUCAGGUAUGCUAAUGGUCUAGGAUUGGCUGACAGUCAUGAGGUUCCUCUCUCGAGUUAAAGAUGCUUGAGACAACCCACAGUCUUUCCCAAAUUUUUUUUAGGAAUGACACCUCUGUUAUGGAUUUUUUUUUCUUGGUAUUUGGGAUCAUUUUAUGUUUGGGGCCACAGCUCUCUGAAUGUUUCUUUACUCUCACACAAUAUUAACUUUCAAAAGAGUUUUAAUGGAGAACUAAACAUGAGAAAUAUAGUAAGUCCACUAAUUUCAAUUAUGUAGAUACUUUUCAAUUUAGAGGUUGUGUGCCAAGUGAAAAAACAAUGGGCAUCAUAAAAACAAAUUUCUUGAUCUAUCUACCAAACCAUAUUAAAGCAUACCACACGGUGUAAAACUAAAAUUAGUACAUUUAGUGAUUGCUAUUUUAACCCAUCGUAAAAUGUCUUGCUAACACUUGGAAUUUGGGCAAGAUAGCAUUUAUGAAUGUAUUCAGGGAAACGAGUAAACUGGCCUCAAGCCCCGAGGAGGGCAGUACACUGCCUGUACUGCAAGAGAAGGAAGAAUAUAUUAUUUUGGAGGGUCAUUUGAAUUGUGAUGUCUGCACACUAAUAGAAGGAUAGCUGUUGAAGGAUGGUAGAUUGUCAGUGUGCAGAAAUAAAGAAAAAAAGGAGGUUGACUUCUUAGUUUUUUAUUAUAUGGUAUUACAGUGGGUGAGUAUGUCCUGUUUGACAGGAAAAUGCGGAGCAAUAGGUUAAAUGUCCUCGUAGGAUAAUGUCACCUGCAAAGGUGGCUGGGGCUUGGCCUGAUAGGUAAUAUGUUGGAGUGGAUGUAUUUUGAUACAGUGGUACCUUGACUUACAAGCACCCCAACUUACGAAUUUUCCGAGUUACAAACCGUCACUGUCAAUUUUGUGCUUUGAGUUGCUAGCCAAAAUCCGAGUUACAACGAGCUUCAGAUAUACCGUCACUAGUUGGCACAGUGAAUGCCACAACAUCCGCCCAGCACUUCGCAUCUCUCAUUCAGUGCACGUGAUUACCUCGCCGUGGAAGCAUCUCUCGUGUGGCACUUGCAUUUUGUGCAGUUAUUUUGCCAAAUUUAUUUCUUCUAACCAUGGGCCCUAAUAAAGUAAGUGCAAAGGACACUGCAGAGAAGAAGAGAAUGAUGUCCAUUGAAUUAAAGCAUGAAAUCAUAGAACAACACAGGUGAAGUGUGCGUGUAGUCGACUUGGCAAGGCAGUACGAGUGUAGUACAGUGGUCCCUCAAUAAUUGUCUGUAAUCCGUUCCUGGAAGUGGGACUAUUAUCGAAAUGGACGAUUUACGAAUCAAUUUUCCCCAUAAGAAAUAAUGUAAAUUCAAUUAAUCCGUUCCUGACACCCAGAAGUAUUAAAACAAAAAAUUUUUUUACAUGAAAUAUAGAUGUAGUACAUAAACAAUACAGUGGCACAUGAUGAAUUAAAUAUUAACAGAAUAACACUUACCUUUAUUGGCUAUUCUUCUUUGUGUAUGGAAGACUGGAGAAGGAGACUGAUUGGAUGAAUUACUGUUUGGAAGGGGAAUCCCCUUCCAUCAACACCUUGGGUACCAAUUGCUUUUCUGGGGUUACUUCUCUUCUCUGUUUCUUAAUGCCACUAGGACCACCUUGAGAGUCACUGGAGUCCUGUCUCGCAAAAAAAAUGUCCAGAGAGCUCUGUUUCUGGCGUCUCUUUAAAACUUCCCUAAAAUGGGCCAAGACUCUGUCACUGUACAAGUUGCCGAUAUGGCUUGCAACAUCCUUCUCUGGGUGAUGUUUCUCCAUAAAUCUUUCCAUCCUACCCUACAUUUCAAAAAUCUCCUUAAUUUCUGAAGAAGGCACCUUCCUCCAUCUCUCUUCCUCCUCCUCUGCAGCAAGAUUCAGAGCUGCCAUCUGUUGCUGUUCCUGCUGAAGCUCUUGCAGCUCCUCAGUGGUUAGCUCUUUGUUGUGGUCCUCCACCAACUCUUCCACAUCCUCCAAA